AUGCGUAUGGGUAAAGUUGAAAGACCAAGCCGAGAGGAAACGAAGCCUCCUCGAGCUGAUUCCAAAACGAAGCCGAAGCAUGCUGCUGCUGCCAGUGUGGUUGGGCAGGUUUCACCCGAUAUUAUAUCAACUUAUUUCACACCUGUAUUGACGGAACUUGCGGCACAGGCGUUAGGAGACUACGCUGCAAAUCUGCUUGAAUAUGACGAUAUUAUACGUGACAUGAAGGCCAUGAAGGAAAAGCAAACAGUUGUUGAUGCCGAUGGGAAGAUUCGAGGUAUCGAAGCCCCAGAACCGCCAAUCGCACCGUUAUACCGUUCUGAAUAUUACGUGAAGGAAUUGCGUCAAGUCCUUUCGGAAACCUCAGACCAUUUUCAGUCAAAAAAAGGUGGAUGGAGAGUUCAUGCCAGAGCAUCACGCUUCGAGCGGUUAAUGGACCAAAAAUACGGAAUCUUUCGCCCUUUCUUGAAGCAGCAUCCCGAGGUGGAUAAGUUUGUACGUUCUGUGCAAGUGAAGUAUGCCAAUGGCUAUUUUAGCCCGAUACGACAAGGAAAGCCUCCAAUUCCUAAAAGUACAGCUGUGAUCAUUUUGUUCAUGAUGAAGCGUGGAGAUAUGAAGUGGGAAAUAUUGACUCUUUCAGCGCUAUUUUUCCUCGUGGGUUUGCAACCAUGGGCCUUAGUCAUUCUUGUCGCUGGAGGUCAUACAUUACUUGAGGGGCGUAAAAAGAGAGCUGUAAAGCCAAUGGAAACACACAUUCCUACUGCCAGGCCAUACUUUCGGAGUAAUCGGGACGAAGCAUCGAGUCGGAAGACCAAGACCGACUUCCUAUCGAGACCUGUGGGUAAAAAACAUGUACCCAAAGAAAGAAUUAAUAUGAUGAAAUACGAUACGAUGAUACUAGGUUCGGGCCCAGAUGUCUUGUAUACUGCUUCCUUGCUCUCUCGAGCUGGCAGAAAGGUAUUGGUGAUGACGGCGAGAUCAGAUGCUAGUGGUUGCUACACAAUCGAAGAUUGUAAUUCAGGGGAGGCAAAGAAAUUCCACAAUGUCCCUUUUGAUGUUUGCUCUUCCAACGUUUCCAAGAUAAGUGGUCAGCAGGAAUUACUGGCGCCAGCCCUUAGCAACUCUACAGAUUUUCAAGGUGGAGUUCGAUUUGCAAAAAUUGGCUCAGAGGCUGAUGGCUACGCUUUUCAGAUACUGUCGGUUCCAAGUAUGGGAGGCGAUGAUACUCCUUGCCCUUUCGUUCUACGUGGUCGCGGUGUCUCAAGCCUUAUGGAAGACGCGGCAGCAUCUUUAGGAGAUGGUUGGCCUGACGCAAGUGGAUCAAUCGGGAACUCUGCAACUGGGCUCUAUUCUGCCACAUGUGAGUCCAUAAAUUCUAGUGCAGCGAACUACUACCUAUCAAAAAUCAUCGAGGAUAGUGUGAAUGAGAUGAGAAACGAUGGCAUUUACCACAGCGUAGCCUCUCGAUAUGCCUCAGGGUUUCUGGACAAAGGGUUCCCAUCCAAUCCCCAUGCUCGAUCUUUGAUGGCGGCAAUUGGAAUGAAUGGGGAAGAUAUCAAGCCCACAAAGACAAGCAUGGCUCCCCAUGUAACCAAUGUCUCAGCAGCAUUGAGUGGUGAAGGAAUGCACUACCCUGUAGGUGGCCCAAGAGCGCUUUGCCAUGCACUAUCGACUGUUGUGGAGCAGAGUGGUGGCUGCGUUCUCACAAAUGUUCCUGUAACAGAGCUGAUUUUCGAACAUUUUGAUGCACUUGCUCCGAACCAAAGGGAUGAAAAGAAAAUGUCAGCACCGCGAUGUUUGGGGGUGAAAUUAUCUGAUGGCACCGAACUAAAGUUCGACAUGAAGAGCUGGAGAAAUCAGGAUUAUUCUCCUGCAGUUAUUUCGAUGCAUGGUUUCAUUACAACUUUCAUCCGCCUCAUGCCUGACGAUAUCCGUACCAAAUACAAAGUGCCUCGUGGAUUGCCUGCACUUAGCGAAAGUCGUCCCGUCUUCAAGCUGCUGUUUGGGCUUCGAGGUUCUGCAACGGAUCUCGAGGUGACAGGAAUUGAUUUCUGUAGGGUUCCGGGCGCUGGGCUAGCUCAAGAUGAAUUGGAUCCUGUGAAAAAUGAAAUGAAACACAUGGGAUCUACAGGUGGUCGCCGGAUGGACAACGUCAUUUCAGAGCACAUAAAUCAAGAAUCGAAUGAUGCUCCUGAAGCAGCAAAGGAAAAUGACAACAAAAAGGCUAAGGAGCUUAAAAAUAAGUCCCAUGUGAGGUUCGAAACAGGGGCUUCCUGGAUGAAGGUUUCGUUUCCUUCUGCAAAGGAUCCAUCUUUCGAGUCUAGACAUGGCAGUAUCACAACCUGUGUGGUCACAGUCGAAGCAGAUGAUGACUUUGUAUCUUUGUUUGAGACGAAACCGAGGCUCUACAGUUCUCAAAAAGACCAAGGAAACACUACUGACAAGUAUCAAGUUUUGAUCGACCGAAUCAAAUGUGAUCUAUUGAAUGUGUUUCCCCAGCUAGAAGGAAAAAUUGUCUGCUCACAGUUAAUUGGUCCAAUAUACCGUGGGCUGAGUCAUAAUCCAGAGCGUUAUGUUGCGAAGGGAGUGCGUCCACAGUCGCAAUAUCCUGGUCUUUUUGCUGGUGGUUCUGAUUUGACUGUCGGCGAAUCAUUCAGUGCUUCGAUUGUAGCUGGUUGGCUAACAGCAAAUGCCGUCAUGGGAUACAGUGCAAUCGACUAUCUAUUCCUGCAGAAGAACAUCACUUCAGAUAUCAUCAAUUUCCUCGAAGAACCUGAUGUGGAUGAUAAUGAAGAUACCGCAGUGCCAUACGAUAUGCCCCAGUCCGAAAUUUCGGCUUUUAGCUAG